GAAAUCAGACCACAGUGACUAAAUUUACCUUGGUUUCCUUUCCCAUUGCCCAAGAGCUUCAGAUUCUGCUGUUUGUUGUUAUCCUGCUGGUUUAUAUGCUCACCAUAAUAGGAAGCUUUAUCAUCAUUCUCUUAAUAUGGACAGAUAAUCGUCUCCAACCCCAAUGUACUUUUUUCUCAAUAAUUUGUCAUUUUUCGACAUUUUGUUCACAACUACCAUCGCUCCAAAGUUGCUAGCUUGUCUCUUAGAAGAAAGAAAAACGAUAUCCUUUGCUGGCUGCAUCAUUCAGACAUAUUUCUACUUUUUUCUGGGUACAGUGGAGUUCAUCCUCUUGGCUGUCAUGUCCUUUGACCGGUAUGUGGCCAUCUGUAAACCUCUGCACUACACUAUCAUGAACAGUAGCGUCUGCUUCCUGCUGGUUCUGGGCUGCUGGGUGGGAGCCUUCCUGUCAGUGCUGUGUUCAACUGUUGUGGUGUCCAGACUGCCAUAUUGUACUGAAGAAAUUAGUCAUUUCUUCUGUGACAUCACCCCUCUGCUACAGGUGGCCUGUAUUGAUACUCAUUUCAUUGAGAUGAUAAACUUCUUCUUAUCUUCCCUUGUGGUUUUAAGUUCUCUGGUGCUCACCACUGUGUCCUACACCUACACCAUCUCUACCAUCUUGCAAAUACCCUCAGCCCAAGGACGUCAGAAGGCCUUUUCCACCUGUGCUUCUCACAUCACCGUCAUCUCCAUUGCCUACGGUAGCUGUAUCUUCAUGUAUGUGAGACCCAACCAAAGCCAUUCACUAGAUUUUGACAAAGUGACUGCUGUCCUCACUACAGUAGUGACCCCUCUUCUGAAUCCCUCCAUUUACAGCUUAAGAAAUGAAAAGGUAAAGGAGGUCUUGAGGGAGACAAUGAGCAGAAUAAUUUCAUUACAUUCCAAAGGAACACGACACUAAGCAAUUUCAGUACAUCUACACUUCCUCUC